AGAGUUUCUAGUUCUUCUGUCUUGAAGCUAAAAAGUGAAGACCUGCUGCAGGUUGAGGUGGAUGAAGUACCCUGGAAUGUGUCUGUUUGCUCAGUGGCACGAAUAGUUUGGUUCAGCAAGUAUUUAUUGAGGGAGUGUCUUCUGUAUACCAGGAGCCAUGUGGAUUAUGGGAAUACAGAGGUGGGGUCGACUUGAAGAUGGAUCAUUUCAGUCUAUCUUGGUGAAAGCUGUGAUAGGGGAACCUGUAAUUGGAAACUUGCUGGAUGGAGAAGGACGUUGCAGGGGAUGGGGUGGCCUGAGCUGAGGUGGGCCCAGGCAAGGCUGGGAACCAGGCUGUGAAUGGGCCUCGAUUUUAUUUCAGAGCCUAAUUGUUGUGUGACCCUGGAAGGUUCUCUGCAGGCCCUCAGGACAGUCUGGUGCCGGAAUGACCAGUUGGAGGCUGUCAGUAUGGAUCUUGGCAAGUGGAUGGAACCAGCCUAAGGCACAGAAGAGGAAAUGGUGAUGAGCUGCUGACAGCUGUGCAAGAUGUGUGCUCUGGAACCACCACAGAUGAAUGUCUUUUGCCUGUGACUCCUUCCUCACUGCAGAGCAGCAAUCUUCCCAUUAGGCACUGACUGGGUCAGCUCGAGAAUAUUUGCUAAGAUUGUGAAUUUGUGUUCUUGGAUCUGUUAUCAGUGGAGUCCUUUGAAGUCUCUGUUGGUGAUAUAUUUCUCCAGAGAAGUUUUGUCUGGCUCCAUCAGUCCCUGGGGAUGCACUACUAAUGAAGGACUCUUUGGAACUUAGCCCAGGACCCACUGCAAAGGGCAUGGCAGCCGCUGUUACUGCCUGACCAAGGGAGCUAGAGGGUGAACCUCAGGGACAAGGUGAGAAAUUGAGUAGUUGGGGAGAGGAAGAUGAAAAUAGCAUCAGGAGGGAAACACAUCCAUCAUCUUUUCUGGAGGGCUAAGGGGGCUAAGUGGUAAGCUGGAGCCAAAGAGAUUCCCUGAUGUAUGCAGAACUCUUAGAAUUGGCUGCAAAGGGCCAGAUGAAGUCAGAAUUUGCUGAGCAUAGUUUAUUUUUAUGAGUUUGUGGGUAGAUCAUUCAGUGAACUUGCCUGACAGUGGUUCAUUGGAGUGGUUGGGUUUAAAACCUCCCUGGGAGAGCACAGGGAAUCUAUGGAUUGGCCCUUUGGUGAGGACUCUGGCCACACACCAUUGAGGUUGUAUCUGCAGGUUAUUAGGACAACUAGUUGAUGCUGGAGUCAUUUGGGCCACAUUAUGUGUGUAGGGUACCAGGAAACUCCUAACUCUCUUUGUUCCUGGUCACAUUUUGCUUUCACUUUAUCACUGUCUACAUGCCUUAAGGUUUGGGAGCUGUUGGUUGGCCUGGAGAGCAGUCCACUGAGCAUCCAUUCCCCUGGUGGGUGGAGGAGAAGAGGCUAGAGGUAUUAGUGUUCUUAUUAUGGGAGAAAAGGAACUUGAGGAGCUGCUUUACUGAGAGUAUUUUUAUACUCAAGGCCUUGGUCUCUGUAGUCAAGUCUUAAGAAUGGGGGCAGGUGGCCCUUGGGUGAUGCCUGCCUGGAAGGGGAUGAUGCCUGCCUGGAAGGGGAUUAUUCCUACCUGGAAGGGGAUUAGCUGGGGAACGGAAGAGCAGACAGAGAGAGGCCUGGAGACCUGGUAAUGGUAUGACUUGUAUUAGAGAAGAUUAGGAAACAGAGCUGGGGAAGGUUAAGAAGGUGAUGCUGAGGGUUUUAUUUUAGACUUCAAGGGAAGGCUUUGGAUUCUCAUAGAAAGAAAACUUUUAAAGGCCCCUCCUGAGGGCACUUGGCGAGCUCUUGUGUCACUAGCCCCUGUGAGUGAGCAUUGUGUAUGACCAGAUCCAGCCACCAUGUGAUUGUGCUUUGGGUAUGCAGUGGAGAGCAGACCCAGACUGGAGCAGAUGGCAAUCAUGGGAUGGUCUCAUAAGCACAACGUGAAGGAGACUGGCCUGUGAAGAGGGUGCUCUGGGUGGCUGACAGAGGGGGCUUGGGCCCAGUCAGUGGGGGCUGAGUGGAGAUAGUGUGACUGAGCUGAGACUGCAGGGCCAGGUGAGGUUUCAAUAGGUGGAGUGAGGCGGGAACUGUGCAUUCAUUCAAAUGCAUUUUAGGCAAGUAAGGCCAUAUUUAAUUGAAUAGCAUUGACACUUGUUCUUUGUGUUUGGUAUUUUGAUAUAAGGAUUUUAUAUGCAUAUGUUAAUAUAUCCAUGAAGUUACCAUGAAUGUGACAGCUACAGAUGCAAAAGGACCUGCAUGUGUUAUACUGAUGACUCAUACCACAAACAUUGAUAUUAUUGGUGACAUAAUUUUCCAAAAUGAUUCUUAGACUCUGUGAGUAGAGACAGCCUUGUCUUCCCAGUGCAUCAUGGCUUCAACUUCAAGAGAUGUCACUGCCGGGAGGGGUCCCCACCCAAAGAGGAAGCCUGCGAAGCUGCUUGAGGUUCUGAAUACUCUGGAGGAGGAGGAGUCUAGCAAUAGCAGAGAGGAGAUUUUCAUCGCACCUCCUGAUAAUGCCUCAGGGGAAUUCACUGACGAGGACUCAGGUGACGAAGAUGGCCAGCGAGGUGCUCACCUGCCUGGCAGCGUGCUGCAUGCUUCAGUCCUGUCGGAGGAGUCUGGCACCGGGCAGGACAAUGACGACCUGGAGCUGCAGCCGGCCAAGAAGAGGCAAAAGACCGUAGUAAAACCUCAGCGUGUUUGGACCAAAAGAGAUAUUCGACCGGAUUUUGGCAGUUGGACAGCAUCAGAUCCUCAUAUUGAGGAUCUCAAAAGCCAGGAACUGAGUCCUGUGGGCCUCUUUGAGUUGUUUUUUGAUGAAGGAACAAUUAAUUUCAUUGUUAGUGAAACCAAUCGUUACGCUUGGCAGAAAAAUGUCAACCUGAGUCUCACAGCCCAGGAAUUGAAGUGUGUUUUGGGCAUUUUGAUUUUAAGUGGGUACAUCUCCUAUCCAAGGAGGAGAAUGUUUUGGGAAACCUCUCCUGACUCACAUCACCAUCUUGUGGCUGAUGCAAUUAGAAGGGACAGAUUUGAAUUAAUCUUCUCAUAUCUACAUUUUGCAGAUAACAACAAACUUGAUGAAAGUGAUAGGUUUGCCAAGGUCAGGCCUCUCAUAGUUCGGAUGAACUGCAAUUUCCAGAAGCAUGCACCCUUGGAAGAGUUCUACAGCUUUGGUGAAUCCAUGUGUGAGUACUUUGGGCACCGGGGCUCUAAGCGGCUGCAUGCAGGAAGGCCUGUGCGGCUGGGCUGUAAGAUCUGGUGUGGGACCACCAGCAGAGGCUACUUGGUGUGGUUCGAGCCCUCACAGGGCACACUGUUCACCAAGCCAGACAGGAGCUUGGAUCUGGGAGGCACUAUGGUAAUAAAAUUUGUCGACGCACUUCAGGAGCGUGGUUUUCUGCCAUACCACAUAUUUUUUGACAAGGUUUUUACCAGUGUCAAACUGAUGUCCAUUUUGAGGAAAAAGGGGGUGAAGGCCACAGGAACUGUUCGUGAGUAUAGGACUGAGCGAUGUCCUCUCAAAGAUCCCAAGGAACUGAAAAAAAUGAAGAGGGGUUCAUUCGAUUAUAAAGUUGAUGAGAGUGAAGAGAUCAUUGUGUGCCGCUGGCAUGAUAGCAGUGUGGUCAACAUCUGCUCCAAUGCUGUGGGCAUAGAGCCAGUGAGGCUGACCAGCCGUCAGUCAGGAGCAACUAAAACGCGGACCCAGGUCCAUCAGCCAUCACUGGUGAAGCUGUAUCAGGAGAAGGUGAGGGGUGUUGGCCGGAUGGACCAGAAUAUUGCCAAGUACAAGGUGAAGAUCCAAGGCAUGAAGUGGUACUCGAGCUUCAUCGGCUAUGUUAUCGAUGCAGCCCUCAACAACGCCUGGCAGCUGCACAGGAUCUGCUGCCAAGAUGCCCAGGUGGACCUCCUCGCUUUUCGGAGAUACGUUGCCUGCGUGUAUCUGGAGAGCAAUGCUGACACUUCCUCACAAGGGAGGCGAAGCAGGCGGCUGGAGACUGAGAGCCGCUUUGAUAUGAUUGGGCACUGGAUCAUCCACCAGGACAAGAGGACCCGGUGUGCCCUCUGCCACUCCCAGACCAACACUCGGUGUGAGAAGUGCCAGAAGGGUGUCCAUGCCAAGUGCUUCAGGGAGUACCAUAUCCGGUGACAUUGUGAGGCGUGCCUGUUUGCUUUUAUAAUGGAUAUUUACGGCUAAUUACAUAUAGCAGUUGGAGCACUUUUGUUGUAUUUGUGUUGGAAAAAAGACCUGAAUUCCUCAUGACUUGGUUUUAUGUUUUCUCCCUACUCACAUUGCAGUUAUCUUUUUUGUGGUUUUCUAUUAUUCCUACAUGUAAUAGAAAUCAAUGUUUAUAUU